AUGAAAAACAAAACUUUUUCGGCUAGACUUUUUUCGUCAUUACAAAAAAGGUUUUAUUACAAACAAAAAAAAAAUAAAAAUCACAUUUCUUUUUCAUUUAAAGGGGCAACAGAGAGCGGUAUAACAGGUGGCACAGUGGCAAGACCACAUUCCAGACCCUACAUGGCAUCGCUACAAAUUCAAGGUCAACAUGUAUGUGGUGGAAUGCUUAUUCGUCAGGACUAUGUUCUGACUGCAGCACACUGCAAGAAUUGUUACCAAGACUUCACGGUUGUACUUGGGGCUCAUAACAUUAGCAAGAAGGAGGAAAGUCAGCAAAAGAUACAAGUGAAGAAGUACCAUGUACAUCCACAAUACAAAUCCAAAGAGGAGUAUGAAUACGACAUUAUGCUACUGAAGUUGGAAAAAAAGGCCAAGCUCAACCAGUAUGUGAAGACAAUUGCAUUAGCAAAAGAAAAUGAGGAAAUUAAUGCAAACUUGAAUUGUGAUGUAGCUGGCUGGGGAAAAACUGGCUCUGAUAAAAAUAUUUCAGAUCUUCUGAGGGAAGCCAAAGAGAAGAUCCAAUUCAGCUUUGAGUGCAAAAAUAUUUGGGGAAAGUAUUUCAAUUCCCAGCAAAUGAUCUGCACCAAGUUUGGGCAGGGAGGAGUAUGUCAGGGGGAUUCAGGUGGACCUCUCAUCUGUGACACCAGGGUUCAAGGCAUAACAGCUUUUACUUUAAAAAAAAAAUGUGAUAAUCGAAAGUAUCCACAUGUUUUCACUAAAGUCCAUUACUUCCUGCCAUGGAUCAAGGAGGUGAUGCGGGCAUGAAGCAAUCUGGUUAAAUGCGUCACUUAGAAUGUGCAAAGAAAACCAGUAGAAAUGUAAGCUUUAGAAA